AUUUUUCAAAUUUUGAAAACCAAGAAAUCAUCACAGUUGAUUCAGUUUCACACUUUCACACUCCUCCAACAAAAAUCCAAAGCCUCACUUUGUUUUGCAAAUUGCACCCACCAACACCACCACAGUGAGAGUGAGAGUGUGUCAAUAACAAUAACAACAAGAAGAAGGCCGGCGCCAAAAAAACAAUUCAAUUUUAUCUGUGUGUGGAAACAGAAAUGAGUAGUAGGAUCUGAAGAAAGAAAGAGAGAAAGAAUGAGCGGAGGUCGAGUGUGCUCAUUGCUAAGGGAAUUGGGGUACGCAGGAGCAGAGGGAUUAGACCCAGACAGCUUCGAAUGGCCUUUCCAAUACGACGACGCUCGCCCCAUCCUCGACUGGAUCUGCUCCAGUCUCCGCUUCUCCAACGUCCUCUCCCUCUCUGAACUCUCUCAGUGUGAGCAAUUUCUGCAAGAAGGAAAGCUCUUGGAGGGAGAGGACUUGGACUUUGCUUUUGAUAGCAUUUCUGCCUUUUCUGCUAGACGUGACAACCAGGAAGCACUUUUUGGCGCUGAAGAAGGAUUGAAAGAUAUUAGGGAUGCAACUUUGGCAUAUAAAGCUGAAGCUUUAGAGUUGCAGAAACAACUCAGACAUCUGCAGUCUCAAUUUGAUAUGCUCACUGGCCAGGCUUCAUCUUUAAUACAAGGGAGACGGGCACGGGUUGCUGCAACAUCUACUGUCAAUGGACACCUUACAGAUCUAGAUGAUAGUCUUUCAGCGAGAAAUUUAGAGAUGAAUGCAGUUCUUGGAAGGAUUGCUGCUACAGCACAGGAGUUGGCUCAUUAUCACUCUGGUGAUGAAGAGGGCAUCUAUUUGGCAUAUGCGGACUUUCAUCCAUACUUGCUUGGAGAUUCAUCUUGUAUGAAGGAGCUAAAUCAGUGGUUUUCUAAGCAAUUGGACACGGGUCCUUUUCGAUUGGUUGCUGAGGAGGGAAAAUCCAAAUGUUCUUGGGUGAGUCUUGAUGACAUCUCAAAUAUCUUUAUACGAGCAGAUUUGGAAAAAUCACAACAUCAACGUGUAUCUGAAUUGCAACGGCUUCGUUCUAUAUUUGGAACAAGUGAAAGACAAUGGGUAGAGGCCCAAGUUGAGAAUGCUAAGCAGCAAGCUAUUCUAAUGGCACUUAAAUCUCAAGUAUCUUCAGAUGAAGCUCACAUUCAUCUUGAUUUUCAUUCUCUUAGGAGAAAGCAUUCUGAGUUGGUGGGAGAACUUUCUAAUCUUUUUCACAAAGAAGAGAAGUUGUUAUCUGAGACUAUUCCGGAUCUUUGUUGGGAGCUUGCCCAACUCCAGGACACCUACAUUUUGCAAGGUGAUUAUGAUUUAAAGGUCAUGCGCCAGGAGUACUAUAUUUUCCGGCAAAAAGCGUUCAUAAAUCACCUUAUCAAUCAACUCGCAAGGCAUCAGUUCUUAAAAAUAGCUUGUCAGCUGGAAAAGAAGAACAUGCUUGGAGCAUAUUCAUUGGUUAAGGUUAUUGAGUCAGAACUGCAGGCAUACGUCUCAGCAACCAAAGGCCGAGUGGGUCGUUGCCUGGCACUGAUUCAAGCUGCUUCUGAUGUACAAGAACAAGGAGCAGUGGAUGAUAAGGAUAAUUUUCUGCAUGGUGUUAGAGACCUUUUAAGUAUUCAUUCAAAUGCUCAAGCUGGGUUUUCAACCUAUGUAUCAGCUCCUGGCAUUGUUCAGCAGAUAUCUAGUCUUCAUUCAGACUUGAUGGCCCUUCAAUCUGACCUUGAGAAUUCUCUUCCAGAAGAUAGAAAUAGAUGUAUCAAUGAGCUGUGCACUCUAAUCCAAAGUCUGCAGCAAUUACUAUUUGCAUCUUCAACAACUGCACAACCAAUACUGACACCUCGGCCAUUGAUGAAAGAGCUUGAUGAAAUGGAAAAGAUCAAUGCAAAACUCUCUGCCGCAGUUGAAGAGGUGACACUUGAGCACUUCAAGAAAAAUGAGAUUGUAAAACAUCAUUCUCAGGGAGUUGGGCUCCAAAGGCGGGUGUUUGUUGAUUUCUUUUGCAAUCCUGAGCGUUUGAGGAGCCAAGUUAGGGAAUUGACUGCCCGAGUCAGAGCUUUGCAAGUUUCUUAGUUCAUGCAGAUUGUAUUUUUCGGUGUAGGUGGCACUUGAAUGAGGCUGCGUGAGUGCUUGGAGCGCAAAUGCAGGUCUUCUUGUCCACAGCAGUUGGUUUGCCUUCUGUGAAACUAGUCUUCACUAUUUCCUCUCCCUGACUUCGUGGACUCUUCAAUUUAUUAGGCCUGAUAUUGACAUGAUUAAGUGAUGGGUUCAGUUUGGAUACAGUGUCCUGUGCACCAGACUUGAUAGGAUGCUGCCAUGUUUUAAGGAGUUGUCACAUGGCAGCAUCCCAUCGGGAUUAAAGUGGCAAAUUUAUUACAAGUAAAUGGAGUAGCCUGACCUAUAUAUACUAGGAAAAACAAUCAUAUGACCUGUAUAAGUAUUUUUAGUUGUAUAGAAGUAGUGAUUAUCAGCUA